UUUCGUUUGUACAAAAAAGUUGUACAACUAGAUAGGUUCUUUCUUGCUAGCUAGGUAGGCUAGGCCAUGGCUCGUAAGAAGGUGAAUCUCCAAUGGAUCGCCAACGACUCCACCCGACGCGCGACGUUCAAGAAGCGCCGCAUGGGCCUGAUGAAGAAGGUGAGCGAGCUGGCCACGCUCUGCGGAGCCAAGGCGUGCGUGGUGGUAUACGGCGAAGGCGAGGCCCAGCCGGAGGUGUGGCCCUCUGUUCCGGAUGCCAAGCGGAUUCUGAACCGCUUCAAGGCCAUGCCAGAGCUUAGCAGCUUGAAAAGGAUGCACAAUCAAGAGGACUUCCUCCGCAGCCGUAUCUCCAAGCUCCAUGACCAGGUGUGCAAGUCGUACCGCGAGAACCGCGAUCGUGAGACUUCGUACCUCCUCCACGAGACAAUGGUCCGCCACCGCCCGGGAUUUGUUGGCGUCACCGUCGAGGAGCUCUCCAACCUUUGCUGGAUGGUAGAGAGGAAGAUUAAGAUCGUCAAGGAGCGCCUCCAACAGCUUGUCGUCCGGCAGGGAGCCCCCCUGGAGCCGCCGCUGCCGUCGGUGCGGUCCUCGUCCCAGCCGCUGUUUCCCCACACCUCCACUGAGAUAUACACACCAGAGCCAGCAGAGGAGCCCCGUCCCCAGCCCCAGCAGCAGGAAUGGCGGCUCAUGCACCGGGCUCGAAACGAAGGGGAGCUCGGUGCCGCGGUCUGCAGUACCUUUGCCUGCAGCAGCAGCAACACCUGUGCCGCUGGCCUCAGUGGCGCCAGCACCAGCGGCGGCUGGGGUGACAUGAUGCAGUCUUCGAAUCUGGCCGGCUCUGGGUUCUCAUGGUCAUGGAAUCCUUUCCAUCCAAUGGAAUAAGGAGUUGGCUGCUUCGAU